AUGGAGAAUCGCAUGAAUCGCUCAGAGUUGCAAGAUGUUUUAGCGGCUGUUGGCAUUGAGGUUCAGCCACGAGCAACUACUGCACGGAUGCGACAAAUAUUUGCAGAUAAUCGAAGUACGCUGGAAGAUUGUAUUGCUCGUCGUCUAAGUAAUGUUGAAGGCCUCAGCAAACAAACCGCUGUUAGCUCCUCCUCAGUCGUCACUACCGCUGUCACUACCUCUACAAUUGCCGCCUUUGGAGACUCCGCAAGCCGUGAGAGUGUGCAACCAAUACAACAGCAUAAAAUACAUUUCCAAGAUAUUGAGCAUGCUAUAAUAAAAUUUAGCGGAGAAGACCGCACAUACUCAGUUCAUGACUUUUUCCGUCACUUGGAACAAAUUUUUGAACAAGUUGGUGCAGAUGACUUAUUUAAAUUAUUGGCGUUGCGCAAUUCGUUAACUGGUGCUGCGAGAUUGUUACUAACACGAGGUUAUUUGACGUAUGAAGAGUUAAAGCAAAAACUUAUUGGUGAGUUUGGACGAACAAUUAGCCGUCAGGAGGUCUAUCAGGCACUUCGCAUGCGUACUAAAAAGCCAACAGAGAGUGUCCACCGUUAUGCGAUGGAAAUGGAAUCUAUUGCUCACCGCAGCGAUGUUAUGGAGUUGGAAUUAGUUGCUUUUAUAUUAGAAGGUUUAAGUAAUCGUAUUCCAGACUUCGUUUUGUUUAACACUGCUAAGAAUUUAAAUGAACUAAAGGGUGCUGUUGCCAUGUUCGAACAACGGCAGGCUGUGCGUGGUGUAGCCAAUAAACAAGAUGCCAACCGUGAAACGAAGACUACAGUGAAACUUUCAUCUGGUUAUUUUGCUGACAAUCCAACGCAAAAUGCAAACCGCUGCUUUAAUUGUUCUAGAUUUGGUCACCGUCGUCCAACAUGUCUGUACGAGGAGCGACCGAUUAAUGGUUGUUAUAACUGCUGGAAGAGUGGCCAUAAUCGCAAGUCAUGCCCGAAUCCAAAGUACACACCGAAACUUAAAAGUGCUACCUCUGUUGCUAUGACCAUGGAUUGUGCAGAAGAUACUAAUAUUGUCGAUGAUGUCGCAUCUGCACUUGAGGCUAUGAAUUACUUUAAACAAAAUGUUCCAGGAUCCGCUUUGUUCACUGAUGUAAUGGAGAAAAGUAAGUUUGUUUUAUGUAGUGCGACUAGCGACGCACGGGCAUCUGAUAGGAAACAAAAUGAAAUUAAUCCUUUUGAAAAUGAACUUAGGAGUCUGAUGACGAUUAAUAUUGAUACAGAUUCAAAUAGCAUUGAUAUUAAUCCUAUGUUAGAAAAAUCCAAGGUCGAGGAAAUAAGAGAAGUUGUAUUAAAUUAUUUGAAUUCACAUUAUGAAGGCAGGCAGGAAAAUUAUGAAAUUAAUAUAAAACUGACCUCUGACGUGCCUUUCCACUUUGCACCAAGAAAACUAUCCUUUGAGGAGCGUGAAGCAUUACAGAAAAUAAUAAGUGACUUGUUGAAGAAAAAAAUAAUUACACCGAGUGAUUCACCAUAUGCGUCUGCAAUUGUUAUGGUACGAAAGAAGAACGGAGUAUUUAGAAAAUGUGUAGAUUAUAGAGUUCUCAACAAGAAUACAAUUCGUGACAAUUAUCCCUUGCCAUUAAUUGAAACAUGUUUGGAACACCUAGGCGGUAAAAAGUAUUUCACGACAUUAGAUCUUAGAAAUGGUUUCUUUCAGGUUAAGGUUGCGACAGAUUCAAGAAAAUAUGCGUCUUUCGUAACUCCUCUUGGUCAAUUCGAAUACAAUCGUAUGCCGUUCGGAUUAAAAAACGCUCCUGCUGUUUUUCAGCGAUUUAUUCAUCAAAAACUGCAAGAUCUAAUUGCACAAGGUAAAAUUAUUGUUUAUAUGGAUGAUAUUGAAGUAGCAACCGAAACUUUAGAGGAACAUAUACAUGCAUUAAUUCAGGUGCUUCAUCGUUUGGCUGAGGUCGGUUUAGAGUUAAAUCUCAGUAAAUGUAAGUUUGCUUGUGAGACCACCGAGUUUCUGGGUUAUCAAGCAAGUGAAAAGGGUAUUUUACCAAACAGCUCUCAUUUGAAGGCGAUUAUGCACUACCCAAUGCCGAAGACAUUACACGACAUGCGUUCAUGUCUAGGAAUGUUUUCAUAUUUUCGCAAAUUUGUUCCAAACUUUGCUAAAAUAGCAUAUUCGCUGCAGCGCCUCCUUAGGACCGGUGUUGAGUUUUGCAUUAAUGAGAAAUGUAAGGAAGCGUUUAGAUUAUUAAAGCAAAAGUUGAUAACACCACCUGUCUUGGCCAUAUUUAAUCACACUAAAGAAACCGAAUUGCACACUGACGCUAGCAAGUUAGGUUUUGGAGCAGUACUUUUGCAGCGACAAAAUUUCAUCCGAGGUAUUCCAUUUAAAAUAGUUACUGACUGCAGUGAACUAUCACCAACGUUUGAAAAGAAAAACAUCAGUCCAAAAAUAGCAAGGUGGGCACUUUUAUUUGAGCACUUUGAUUUUAAGAUACAAAAUCCAGGCGGUAUUUCAAUGAGUCAUGCGGAUGCAUUAAGUCGAUGUUUUAAAGGUGAAGAAACAGAGACGGAAGAUUACUCUACGAGAAUUAAAAAUAAAUUUGUAAUGUGUACCUACUCUGAAGAUGAUACUGAUAUUGAAUCUAAUAAGCCUAAUGAAAUUGUUGAAGACUAUGACGGCAUGAUAGGAAUUCCAUGUAAAACGGUGGCUGUUGCUUAG